AUGGGUGUUGUAUCUGGGAAACUACGAUGGAAGUCAUUUCAAGUUCUACGAACAAGAUCAGAUAAUAAAAGUAAUGAAAAUGCUCAUUUAGACUUGAACGAAGUAUAUAAAGCUGAUGUUUUAGAAGAUUGUCGAACAAUAAGUGGACGGCGGUACCAUAAUGUCCAAGGUGUACAAUAUUUCUUGCCGCUAGCAGAUGAAAGUCGUGAGAAAUGGCGAUUAGAAACACUCAGCAUGAUUUGGAAAAAUGCGCACAAUGGAAGACGCUUUUCUGCACCGAUGCACGAGAAAUUAGAAAAAGGAGCAAGAAUAUUGGAUGUUGGAUGUGCAGCGGGUAGCUGGUUACUAGACAUGGCAAUCUGCUACCCUAAAAGCUCGUUCGUUGGCGUCGAUAUCUCGUCUGAAUUCAUUCCAGAAAAUGAAAAACCGAAAAACGUAAUAUACCUUCAAUACAAUGUUCUCGACGGCCUACCAUUCUGCGAUUCCUCAUUCGAUAUGGUAUACGAAAGAUGCCUAAUUUCCGCAUUCAAUAAAUCUCGAUUGAUUACAUUUAUAGAAGAGUGUGUUAGGGUGACAAAGCCUGGUGGAUGGAUAGAGUCACAUGAAAUGGAAGCGAUGUUUAGGGGUGAAGUAGGACCGACGACAAAGAGAUUGUUACUAGCGAUGAACGACUUUCUAAAAAUCAAAGGAUGCGACGCGCGAACGUUUAGCACAAUGUCUGAAUAUUUUGCCGCAAAUGGCAAAAUUGAAAAUAUCGGGGUUGAGAAAAACUCGAUUCCUGUUGGUAGUUGGGCUGGACCGAUUGGAGCAUUAUCAGUCGAAGCUAUUAACGAAGGUUGGCUUUCCUUAAAACCUGUAAUGCAAAUAACACUCGGCGUUAAUGACCAGGAAUACAAUGGUUUGCUAGGACAAGUUCGUAUAGAAGGGUCAAAAUAUAGAGCGACGUAUCGAACGCAUCGGGUGUUUGGUCAAAAGAUAAAAAAUGUUUCUGAAAGUGAAAAUCAUCGCGUGGCGGUAUGA